AGCAAAAAAACUCACUCAAGAACCCAAAAAAAAAAACAGAGAAAACUCUCAACCACAGAACGCUUUGAAUUGCAAUCUCCAUACACACUCUUGUAUUGUCCUUACAACUCCUACCCACUUCACAUAUCAAUGGCUUCUUUAAAAAAUUCACCAUCUUUUUAUCAUACUUUAUCUCCCACCUCUUUUCCUCAGAUUGGAUUUCAAAAGUGUAGUAAUGGGUCUCUUCCUUGCUGUAGAAAAGGCAUUUCUUUUGUGGUUAGAGCUGACCAUAAUUCUUUGCCCAAUUUCACUUCUAUUUCUCAAGUUAGACAAGGGAAUGUGAGACGCCAAUUGCUUGCUGUCAGUUUGAUUGCCCCUUGGGUUUCUCUGGUUAACCAACCUUUGCCUUCAUUUGCUGCAGAAAUUAAAAAGGGAUAUCUGUUAGUCACAGACCAGAAGGACGGUUACUCAUUCCUCUAUCCAUUUGGGUGGCAGGAAGUGUUCAUUGAAGGUCAAGACAAGGUCUUUAAAGACGUUAUUGAGCCGUUAGAAAAUGUCAGUGUCACUACAGUCCCGACCACUAAACUAGACAUUCGAGACUUUGGACCUCCAGAACAGGUUGCUGGAGUACUGAUAAAAAAGGUCUUAGCCCCUCCAACGCAGAAAACACAACUAAUUGAGGCAACUGAGCAUGAAGUGGAUGGAAAGGCAUAUUACACAUUUGAGUUCAUUGUUAAGGCUCCAAACUAUACUCGUCAUGCUCUUAGUACAGUCUCUAUUGGAAACGGUAAAUUCUUCACAUUGACAACCGGAGCGAAUGAGAGAAGGUGGGGUAAGAUGAAAGAUAUAUUGCACGGUGUGGUCGACUCCUUUAAAGUUUUCAAUGCCUGAUCAGGAGCACGGUUGCAUUUUUCUGAACGUUUUACGAGUUUCUGAUGUACACAUAGUAUGUGUAUGCUUCCUCAUUUUCAUCUUCUUAGGCUAUCAUUGUGUAAUUCCAAGAGCUCCAUGCAAAUCAAAUUUGCAAAGUUUUCUCUCUUCUUACAUUCUUGAAUGCAAGUAAUGUUAUAUUCUGUAACUAAAAUGGAAGUACCUUUAAUUUUUCAAA